CUUUUGGUGGAACAAGAAAGAAACCGCAAGAAAGAAACCACAACUAAUUUGUCCAUAUGGACCAUUUCUCUGCAAAAUUUUAAAUGACAAAACACCAAUUUCAGUUCGUUUUCAUUCUGAAGUGGGACUCUAAGAACAAAUCCCGAGACUUGACUCGGAUGAACUGAAGCUUUUGUUUGUCAGAAUGUGUUACUUAGACAAAUAUUUGGGGCAAGAACCAAGCCUCUAGGGUGCUAAGAAGUUCAUGCUAGUAAAGUGAGGGUCAGCUUUCAUGAUUUAAGCACAUUCAACACCAUGAAUUCUCUGAAGAAUCAGCUGGGCUUUUCUGAGGAAAAGGAACACUACACUGAAACUCAGAUCAUGAACCCGAUUGCUAGUUCUACUUCGCAAAGAAAACCUAGCAGCCACCGAUUCGCCAGUCUAAGCAGGUGGGAACUGAAACAGGAGGAAGGCAAUUGUCAAGAAAAGCCCAUAAUCGCUCAGCCAGUAUUUGUGUUUGAGAAAAGAAAACAAGCUUUCAAGAGACCAGCAGAAGAUCCUCUUUAUAAAGCUGAAUGUGAAUUUAACUAUUCAAGAAAGCGUGGAAGACCACCAUCUCUUAGUUUCCAAACUGUUGAUUCCGCAUCCUACAGAGAUCCUUUGAAGCAGUCUCUACAGCGUCACUUUCUAAGACCUGCCAUUUUGCAGCCACCAGCAACUCAGACGCAUGAGGAAAGGAGAGAAAUGUGCGGAGACGAUGCUUUAGGAUUGCACAAGGUUAAAGAAACAAUGAAGAGUCAAUUUCCUGAAGGGGGUUCCUGCUUGCUGAGAGAAAAUUCAGUGAGAUCUGAAAGCUUAUCCAAAUCCUCCAUAUGCAGGCAUAUUUUAAGUCCUACUCCAAAAGGCAGGCAAUUGGAUAAAGAUAAAACUUCGUUUAAGAGCAUCACUUAUGAUUUUGUAUUUGGAGAAAACAUGGUAGAGAGAGUUUUGAGUUACCAAAAGUGCCAGAAGCCUCCUAAUGAAAAGGAUUUUUAUCACAGGGGAAUAUCAAGCAAAUCCACAGGGGCUUUACUCAUCAGGUCUCCAUGUCCAAGAUCGAGCCCUAUCAGGAACACAACGCUCAGUGAAUCAGCAGCUGCUUAUGAUUCAAAACCAAUUCCAGAAUAUUUCCUUGAAAAAGUCAAUGUUCUAACAGGGGAGGAAGCCGAACAUAACGUGCUCCAGAUCAACUGCAAGAUCUUUAUAUUUAAUAAAACAACACAGUCCUGGAUUGAAAAGGGCAGAGGGACAUUGAGACUUAAUGACACAGCGAGCAACAAACUGGGAACCCUUCAGUCCAGACUCGUUAUGCGGAAUCAAGGCAAUCUGAGACUGAUCCUUAACACUAAACUCUGGGCCCAAAUGGAGUUGCAAAGAGCAAACAGCAAAAGUCUUCGAAUCACUGCUACGGAUUUAAAAGACUCCUCCAUCAGAGUAUUUUUAGUUCAGGCACGUGCUAAAGACGCCGGUUGCCUGUAUGCAGCGAUACAUCACCGUCUUGUUGCGCUCCGAAGCUUGGAUAAGCAGGAAUCAGAUGGGAAUCAAGUUGAAACCGAACCCAAACCAGUCUUCCAGCUUCUAAGUUGUGACAGCUGCGAUGAGGAAGAUGACGACAGAACACAGAUCACCAGAUCUAAUCCUUCCAAGUGGGCUCGCAGGCAGUCAGUUGCCUGUCCGUAACCGCUGUCAGCCAGUUAUUACUAGAAGAAGAUCGGUCAUCCUGCAUAAAUCUUAAACUGCCUUCAUGCAUCUUCAAGUGAGGUAAACCCACUCCAAGGUUUUUAGUGCAAAAGUUAGUUUUCAAGAGAAUAUAUACGUAUAUAGUUC